AUGCGUUUUGCAUUAACAACUCUCCUCGUGAUGCACUGCGUCACAUUAGCCUGCUCGCUCGCAGUUAGAUCUCCUUCUACCAUCGAGGGGCAGCCAAUGCCCGACAGAUGGAUCAGAUAUGAUCUGACACCUCUCAACACGACAACUACUGAGGUUUCUCUAACUCCACGCACACCCGCCAGCGUCUGUGAACGGAUAAUUCAAACCACUAACGCCUGCCUCAAAAUUGCCUCCAUUCUCGUACAAGCCGCCAAGACUAUAGGAGCCUCGAUCAAGGCUCUAUCAGACGAUGGCAGCUGCAGCAAGUCUGAAGGCUCAUUGGAUGGUCUUUCAUGGGUGUAUUACGCGACUGGACGUAACUGUGACACGACUGCCGAAGCGGCUACCAUCCAGGGAGCUAUCAAGCAACACCUGCAAACCACCGAUGGGAGUGUAUUGUGCGGCAUGGAAUGUCUCGACCUUACCCACUCGGGCACCUGGAGCGGCUUUCUUCUUAUUGGACCAACAUCCACCUUCAACAGUGCGGCAUAUUGUGGACCUACACUCUCUUUCACAUCAUGCUCAUCCGGAGGAAAUAAUAAUCAAACCAAAGAACAGUUAUGUAAUACCCUGGAAUCUCUCUACUUGGACAAUAAAUAUAAUGUUUAUGGUCUUAUUUAA